ACCACACUCCACUGCUCUCCUCCACUCCACUGCCUCCCAUCCCUGCUGCUCCCUCUCCCAUCCCGGUUCCAUCAUGGGCGGCCUCUCGGUGAUCGCACCGCCCGCGCGGGACUCGGCUUCCCCGCAGCACCGGCGCGCGCGCCGCGCGUUCCUCGUGUCCAACUAUCUCAUCCUGGGCUGCGCCUCCGGGUGCGGCUUCCUCACGCUCUCGCUCCGCCUGGCCCCCUCCGUCGACGGCUUCCUCCUCAUCCUGCUGCACGCGCUCACGGUGGCCGCCGCCGUGGCCGGGUGCGCCGUCAUCGCGGCGCCGGACCCUCCGCGCGGCCGCUGCUACACCGUCCACAUGUCCGCCACCGUCGUCGUCUCCAUCCUGCAGGGCGCCGCCGCCGUGCUCGCCUUCUCCCGCACGUCGGAGUUCCUCUCCGACGGCCUCAAGUCGUACGUCCGCGAGGAGGACGGUGCCGUCAUCCUCCGCAUGGUCGGCGGCCUCGGCGUCGGCAUCUUCUGCCUCGAGUGGGUCGCGCUCGCGCUCGCCUUCGUGCUCAGGUACUACGUCUACGUCGACAGGGAGUGCGGCGGCAACCCCAUGCGCCGCAGCGCCAAGGUCGGCGGCGAGGACGGCGCCGGCACCUGGCCCUGGCCCUUCCAGGUCUGAAGUGGACCAUGAGUUUUUGGAAGGGAAAUCAAGCGUCGAGUGUUAUAGAACUAUGUGGGGGGACGGGAUGCACAAUGUUGUGAUUCGUUUAUUUGUUUAUUAUGUGGUUUUGUAAUGUCAUAUUUGUAACGCUGUUAUAUUUAUAUAAUUAUAUAUGUGAAAUUUGCACUGUA